GAACUUGAGUUGAGAGUGAACUGUGGGGAGCGGUGCACGUUUGGUUGUGAGUUUUUGUGCUAUGUCUCGCGUCGAAUGAUGGCCGCUGUGACAGGUUUUCAACAUUGAGCAGGGUGUCACGUCAAAAAUAUUUAUACAAUGCUAUCAAUAUUACUAUUAAUGCUAUCAACGGCUUUAGCCGACAACUGCUCGUAUACUUACGACGGCCAGCAAUAUACCAGAACAUCAAUACUAACAAUAAAAGGUUUACCAACAAACCUAGUAGUAAACCCAAACAAUAAAGAUCUUCACUUCACAUUGAUUGAUCUAGAAUCGCUACAGAAUGACGACAUUCAAACCAAAAUGGACCAAUACAUACUUAGAAAUGGAGAACCAAUCAAAAUUGACAAUGUUAACGGUCAAGCAGCAGCAGUCGACGUUAAAAAUGAUAGAGUAUACAUAGGCACUGAUGAUGGAUUGACUUUGUUAAACAAAACUGACAAAGCCACCUUUGUUAGUUUAAAAGACGAAGAUAUAGUCCAAAUAUACAAACCAAACCACGGAGAUGAUCUAUACGUUGUUAUAUUCCCUAACAACGAAGUGUUUAAAGUAAACAUAAAGAAGAAUGAAAAAAGAAGAGUCCAGUAUGUGCCUUGUGCCUUUAUCAUAGCAGUCGACGCUGAUGAUAAUAUAUUUUACGAAUGCGACUCCAAAUACGUCAAGGUUCGGCUAAAAGGGUUCCAUGAACCUAUUGAAUUUGUUGGAAUACCUAAAAAUGCUGCAAGAGCAAUUGCUAUUGAAGACGAUCAUAGAGUAGUAUUAGCUGCUAACGAUGGUCUAUAUCACCUAAAAUCAGAUAACUUAAUUCCUAAGAAGCUGAUGGACCUAGAUUUUGUGCCUGCAGGCAUUGCUUUCGCUGAUGAUGACUUUUAUGUAUCUACGAACGGUAUCGUGUACAAAUACAGUAAUGAUGAUUGUGAGGAAUAAAUUAUUUGAGAAUU